CCUUCCCUUCGCUCUUUCUUUUUCCCAAACUUAUAAAUACACACAUUCUCAACCCCUUUUAUAAACAUACGCGCAUUCCCCACAUUCUCUCUCUCUGUCUCCGAUAUGGGCUUUGUCUUUGUCUCCGACCACGAUAUCGUUCCUCAUACCUUCAACUCAUCUUUUUCCUCUGCUCAAGUAAACCACACUCACAAAAUAAUGGAGAUUUCACCAUUGGAGGGUUUCUCCGAGCUUGAUUGGCCAUAUUCAAGCAACCACCUUUGCUUCAAUGAGUUUCCAGAUUUAGAAAAUCUGGACCUCGAUUUCAGCCUCCCACCCCUUGGUGAAUAUUUGGAGGAGGAGCUGGACCAAAAGCCCUUGAACAUUGUUGUUUCCCAAGGGGUCCAUUGUAAUCGGGAAAAGGGUUUUGGUGAAGCUUCUUCGUUCACGAUUGAAAAUGGGUCAGCCACUGCGAGUUAUGUGCAGAAUAUUAUUCAUCAGAGGCCACAGCCGGUGUCUAGUAGCAGUAAGAAGAAGACAUGUGUGUUAAAAUUUGAUGAGAUAAGGAAGCAUUUUGGUGUUCCUAUAACUGAAGCUGCGAAGCGAUUGAAUGUGGGGCUAACCAUGUUGAAGAGAAGGUGCAGGGAGCUCAACGUGAAGAGGUGGCCACAUAGGAAACUCAAGAGCUUGCAAUUACUCAUCGACAAUGUUAAGGAAAUGGGUUUGGAAGACGAGGUUGCAAGGUUGGAGAAGCAUAAAAGGUUGCUGGAAAAAUUACCAGGAAUGGAACUAAGUGAAGAAGCCAAGAAGCUGAGGCAAGCUUGCUUUAAAGCUAAUUACAAGAAGAGAAGGUGCAUGGCAUCACUCCAAGCUUGACCUUUGUGGUUAUUGCCAUGAAUUUGCGGGUGAACAAAAGAUAUGGCUAGUUGUAUAUGGAUCUAGAAAUUAGAAAAACCAUAUAAAAUAGGUUAGGAAAGGACUCUAGUAGCUAUCUUAGGAUUAUAUUUUGAAAUAGGAAACUAAUUUGACUGCACAGCUCAUGUUAUUUCGUGUGACUUCAGUCGGAGUAGAAUGUUAAUGAGUUCUUUUGGCCUGUUA